UCAAGGGCAGCAAUGCAACGAUUAGGGGCUGACUCUGAUACAUUGACAUCCUAUCAAUCUCUAAAGGCUGAUGACCUUGCAGUGAGCAAAGAAGUCACUGAGGAAAAUAGGCAUGGCCAGGGUUCUGAUAAGCUGGCUUGGUUUUGGAGAAUCAACAGUGUGACUAAUAGUCAGAAGAGCGAGUGGAUGUAUGAGUUUUAUUGGGUGAAUUGGUUGAAAGCAAAAGCACAGUAUGAUUGUUGGAGUGAAGAGCUGAAGUUGGUGCAGCAUAAAAUGUAUUGGACAGUAUGCUAGUUUCAGAACCAGCAAUGUGGAGAAGGAGGUCAGGAGAGAGUAUCAAGAAUGGACAUAAGGCAUAUGCUGAAAAGCAGGCUGUCAUGU